UCGUGGGAUAUUCGACACCACACACACUUCCGCAUUCGCUGUGACCAGGGCGAGAUGAACCGCCGCCGCCACCGCCGCCGCCGCCCACGCUCGCCGCCGGCGCCGCUCGAGAACGACGACCUCCUCUCCGAGAUCCUCCUCCGCCUCGCCCCUCUGCCGUCCUCCCUCCCUCGCGCCUCCGCCGUCUGCAAGCAAUGGCGCCGCCUCGUCUCCGACCCCCGCUUCCUCCGCCGCUUCCGCAUCCACCACAGCCGCAACCCUCCCCUCCUCGGUUUCUUCGGAGAACAUUACUUCGAGCCUACAAUGGAUCCCCCCAAUCGUAUUCCUACCCCGGAUGACAGCUUCUACUCGUUCCUCGACGAGGACGACGGGCGCUUCCAACUCUUCGGAUCCCGCCAUGGCCUCGUGCUUAUCUUCGACAGAUCGCGGAACCAGGUCCUGGUACUGGACCCCUUCAACGGCGACAGGCACCGCAUCGCCGUUCCGCCCGAUUUCGAUGAGAGGGAGACCUCGAUCGGCGGGACGGUGUUUCGCGUUGCCGGAGACGAGCAACAUUUCCAGGUGGUCUUGGUAACCACUCAGGUAUACGAGCAAGGAGAUACAGCGAUCGCCCGUGUUUACUCGUCGGAGACUGGCGGAUGGGGUGCUCUCAUCUCAAUACUGCUUCCACCCAAGCAUCCUACUUCCGUGAUUUGUACGGGAUUUCCCAGUAUCCUAGUUGGGCAUUCCCUGUACUGGUUGCUCUCUGACAUGAAAAUUAAGGAAAGAUCGGAUGGCAUCCUUGAGUUUGAUUUGGAGAGGCAGGUCCUAUCUCUGUUACCAGUGCCGGUGGAUGCCAUUCCUACCAAACUCCAGCUUAUGCAGGCAGUGGGUGGUGGCCUUGGUAUUUUCUUUCUGUCAAAAUUCAGCGUCCAAUUAUGGAAGAUGGAGACCGAUUCUGAUGGUGUUCCUUCAUGGGUGCUAGCAAGAACUGUUGAACUGGAUAAGCUACUUCUCAUGAGUUCAAGGAAGAAGAAGAGAGAGCCCCUAUGCAUAAAGGGGUUUGCUGAGUACAAUAGUGUGGUGUUCCUACGGACACCUACCGACCUCUUCACGAUCCAGCUUGAGUCGCUGCAGUUCAAGAAAGUUUCCAGAACCAACUUCGUGGCUCGCUAUCAUCCGUUCGAAAAUGUCUAUGUUGCAGGCAUGUGCAUUGGUGGUGGACAUGAUGGAGCUGAAGUUUUGCACAAUACGUAAGAUGAUUGGUCAGAUGGAUACGCUAUUGUGAUGUAUUAAUUGAGUAUCUGGAGAUGCGGGAAUGGCUUGUGAUCGAGGCGUAGGUUCUUCUGUUCGGUGUGGCUGAGAUGCAGAAAUGGCUUGUUGGAGUGCCCAUUUGGUGUGCUCCCUCUUCGUACUACGUGGCACGCACCAGUGGACCGUGUGGUGGACUUGUAGGAAUUUAACAGCGUAGUUUGCUGAUUAGUGCCUACUAUGUCGAACUUUUAUCUGGUCCUGGCUGAUGAAUGUUGAAUGUUGAGCUGUAACUGCCUGCCUGGUGCUGCUUUCCUUUUCCUUUUUCUUUUAACACUAGACGCAGUGACUGAAGGACUCGUUUGGGCUGGCUAUCGUCUGAAGUAUUUCACGAAGUUAGCUUUCUCAUCACUCCGGUGAAGAAAGGUUGGGCCCCUGAUCUGAAUAAAUAAAAUGAUCUGCUCUGUGUUGCAA